AUGCCGCUCAACACCACCACAUUCCUGGUGUCGCAGGGCUGGGAGGGCGUCGGCGUGCCACUUGAUGGCAAGGCCGGUCGCGGCCUCAAGAAGCCGCUCGCCAUCACCCAGAAGAAGACCCUCUCUGGUAUCGGCAAGGACCGCGAUCGCGCCGACGACUGGUGGAACAGCAUCUUCACUGCAGGUGCAAAGAGUCUGUCCAUCGGCCCGUCACCCGCCUCAUCAGGCGCAUCUACACCUGCAUCUGCUUCAGACGGCCAGAAAUCCGCCAGCUCCUGGAACAUGGGCGCGCGCUCGGCUGCAUCUGCGUCCAUGUCGCUCUCCUCCCUCGCCAAGCGCGAACACGCCCGAAAAACACUCAUGAGCAACUUUGUUCGUGGCAAACCCAUCGUUCCUGCUGUUGAAGAGAGCCCGCCGCUCAAGGUCGCUCCUUCAUCCCCACCAACUUUGAAAGCAGACGACACUCCCGCUGCUUCCGAUGUCGAGGUCGAUGCGGCUCUCAACGUGGUCUCCUCCUCAUCUACUUCUUCCCCUGAUCUACCUGCGUCAUCGAGCAAGGAAGAAAAGCCGAUGAAGAAGCGACAGAAGAAAGACGACGAGGCUCUGCAGAAGAAGCUCGCCAAGAAGGCUCUGCGAAAGAAACUCAAGGAGUCGGAAGGUUCGGCAUCGUCCCCUACACCGGCGUCCGAAUCCUCGGCAGAUCCCGUCGUGACCUCCAAAGAUAAGAAGAGGAAGAAGAGCAAGGAUGCCCAGAAGAAGCCAAGCGAUCAAGAAGGGAAGAAGCAAAAGAAGACAAAGACCAAGUCAUCGGCGAUCAAAGAUCCGGAGACACACGAUGAUGCCGACCACAAGGAUCUGAGUUCAUCGAAGAAGCGUAAGCGAGAUGGCGAGGCAGAAGCUAUUAGCGACAAGAAAGCCAAGACAAAUAAGCUCAAAGGGGAGCAGACCGAGGUGAAGGAGGAAAAGAAGGACGAGAAGGAAAAGAAGGAAAAGAAGGAAAAGAAGGAAAACAAGGAAAAGAAGCUCAAGAAGGUCAAGAAGGAAAAGUCGGAGAAGGACGGAGAGGCUAAGCCGGAGAAGAAGGAAAAGAAGGAGAAGAAGGGGAGGAAAGAGGUGCAAGAAUGA